AUGGAUAACACUCCUGAAACAAGUAGAAUUCAUAUUGAAGAAAAUAGUCUAUUAUUAUUUACUAAAAAUAAUGAUAAUACGAAAAAGACUAAGGAUUUUCUAGGAAAAAAAAAUGACCGUUACUUAAAAGAAUUAAACAUAUCACAUUCUAAGCAAUCAACAAAUAAAACUUUAAUUCCAUCCUGGUUUCAAAAAACUAUUAAAGAUCCUCUUCUUAAAGAUGAUUUAGACUAUUGUUCGAUAUUGUAUAUGAUGAAUUAUAUUAGUUUAAAUAUUAAUAUGAAAAAUUGUUUUAAAGCUAAUAAUUUCAUGUUAAGACCUGUUUGGAAAAUGAAGAAUUAUAAUAAUUUAGAAUCUCUUUUUGACAAGACAAUGAGUAAAAAAAAUUUGAAUAUAAUAAAUAGUUUAAUAUUUCCAAGAAACUUCAUUAAUUGUAAAAGAGACUAUUUUGCAUUAAAAAAGUUUGUUUUCCAUUUAAAAAAAACACUCUUCCAAAUUUGUCAUAUAGAAAGUUUAAAAGAAGAAGAAAAUAGCCUUACAAUUUGGUUUAAUUUAAUUCAAAUAUAUAUCCGAUUCAUGAUAUCAAGGCAAUUGAAUAUAGAAAAAAAUCUUAAAAAUAAACUCUCUAAAAAUAAAAUAGAUGUAAAUAAUAUUUUUGAUGAAUUUUGGAAUCAGUACUUUAUAUUUAGAGUUGGAGAAUCAGAAGAAGAUUGGAAUAAAUUUAAUGCUGAUUUGAAAUAUUUUUAUGGAGAAAGAUUUAAGUAUGAUAAAUUUCAAUCAUCUUAUACUAGUCGAUUUCAGGAACCUAAACUUGAUAAAAACUUUGGUAUUUUUUCAAUAAAAAAGAAAUGA